AUGCGCCCUUCUACUCCCAACUUCAAUUUCUCCCAGCAAGCUGGACCUUCUUCCCCACCUCAAACGCCCACCACUGCUUCUGCGUAUACGUUUGUAAAGAGCCGCCGCCAUGGUCACGUCUUUACCGAUCAUCAAAUACCAGCUUCUCUAGAGAAUGGAGGCAUUGUCCCAACUGGACGAGACAAUUCGUUUUCCUACAUGCCCUCACCUCGCGCCGCCGACCUCUCUCCACGAUCCUCAACCCCAGACUCGGUGCAGUCUGCUGCUUGCGGCAGUCCACCACGUUCCGUAAUGUCUUCUUCACCAGCUCCCGCAGCAUCUCCUCCACGCAGGCCUGUUCGAGUUGCAGAGGGAUCAUUUACCAUCGACGAGUUCCCUGAGUCGGAUUAUGAGGGAUACGACCUUGAUGAGAACUCGGUAAUCCGUCCUCACGAGUACGAAGAUGCACCUUCAGAUCGUGCGUCCAUUAGGGGUAUCGAACUUGACCAAGACUUGUACUCGGGCAUUCACAACUUACAUUGCGAGACUGAUGAAGUUCUCGAUGAAGCUGAUGAUUUUGGAACACCCGACUUUGAAACACAACGAGAAGCAUGGUUUCAGAAGAUGCGAGAAGAGAAGCGACGUCAGAGGAGGAGCUCAGGCAGUGUGCAGAAGCGAACUCUGAGUCAGAGUAUUGGUAGUGAUACCGACGACGAGGACAUACAACCUGCCACAUUUGAGGGUGCCACGAGCGCACGAAGAUUACGACGAAAAACCGAGAGUCUAAUAUUUGAUGAUCCACCUCCAAGAAUUGAAGAGGUGGAAGAACCCGAGUCUUGCGAGGAACUGGUGGAUGUUGACCACGAUAUGCUACCGGAUGGAUUCCGCGAGCUGCCAUAUUACUAUUAUGGACAGGAAGAGAUGGAUCUGGAUUCCGAUGAGUAA